CUCUCUCUCUCUCUCUCUCUCUCUCUCUCUCUGUGCUGGACACCCUCCCUUCCCCUUCUAUCCUCUCUUUUUCUCUCACUAUGCGUAACCCUCCUUCGUCGGCAUUGCCUUGUUACUAGUUUUGUGGAAAGAAGAACACAACAGGGGAAGGAGGACACCGAUGGAGUGCAACCAGCCUCAUGUUCCCAAGAAAUCCAGCAGCUUCUCCUCCAGCCGCGACGAGAAGCACCGCGAGAUCAACCGCAACCUCUCCUUAGGCUCCAUCAAGCUCGAACAGAGCUAUGAGAAGAAGGAGAGACACGACCAGGAGACAAUAGAGGAGGAGCGGGAGGAGGAGAAGGCCACAAAGGAGCAGGAGGAGGAGAAAGAAGCAAGCAAUGACGAGGAGCCUGAAGCUACUUUGCUCACCAUCUCCGAGGACAUAGAUAGAUUCCUCCGCUUGCUCCUCGCCGUCGAAGAUGGCCAAGAUGGGAGCCACGAGCCGCCCGAGAUCCCCGAAUCCACCGUCGAGAAGUUUGUCAUUUUGGUGGAGGAGGAGAUCGCCAAAUACGAGACCGGCGAGGAGAAAUGGCCCUCGUGCGACGACGAACUCUCGCUCCUCGAUGCCAUCGACAGGGUCUCGAAACUGACAUCGGCGGUGGCGAAAUUCUCGUCGGAGCUCAAGUACAACGAGGCGAUGAACCAUUCCGGCAGCGUCCUCCACCACGCCAUGUGCUUCCUCGAAGACGAAUUCCACUCGUUGCUUCAGGACUCCAGAACAAAGCAGGAAGCAGCCAGCAGCAGUUCGAGGACCAAGCAGCUGCCGUCACUAAUCUACCGCUUUCACGAGCCGGAACGCAGCGUGUCACCCUCGUCGGAAUCCAGUCCCUGCGAGUCUUCCCAGGCAUACAUACCGGAGAACACCGAGAGGCUGCACAGGAUCGCCGACGCCAUGAUCUCUGCCGGGUACGUUACAGAGUGCUGCCAGGUGUUCUCCAUCGCUCGACGCAAUGCAUUCGAGGCAGGACUGCCGAGCCUCGGGUUCGAGAAGGUUGGCAUCGAAGACGUGAUCAAGAUGGCGUGGGAGAACUUGGAAUCUGAGAUCGCUACGUGGGUAAAGGCCUUUCGCCACACCAUCACGGCCUCCUUCACCGCCGAGCGAGAGCUGUGCGAGGCUGUGUUCGCCAGCCACCGCGCCAUCUCCGACCGCCUCUUUCUCGGCUUCGCCAACGGCGCCAUCGUCCAGCUCCUCACCUUCGCGGAGGCUGUCACGAUGACCAAACGCUCCGCCGAGAAGCUGUUCAAGGUGCUCGACGUCUACGAGGCCAUGCGCGACGUGCUGCCGACGGUCGAAGCCCUGCUCCCCGACGAUGGCGAGCAGGACGAACCCUCCGUCUUUGCGGAUCCCAAGACGGAGAUAUCGUCAUUGCGGUAUCGCCUUGGAGAGGCAGCCGUCGCAAUCUUCUGCGAUCUGGAGAGCUCGAUCAAGGCCGACAACAGCAAGACUCCUGUACCGGGCGGCGCAGUCCACCCUCUCACCCGCUACGUCAUGAACUACCUCAAGUACGCCUGCGAGUACAAGAGCACAUUGGAGCAGGUCUUCAAGGAGCACAAGCAUGCCGAGAAGCCAUCAUCCUUCGACGAGGACCGCGAAAAUUCUCAGACAAGCGGUGGAGGAGACGGCGACCGCAACAGCAACAGUAGCGGCAAUGACAAUUACAAUCCGUUCGCAGCUCAACUAAUCGAGGUAAUGGACUUGCUGCACUCCAAUCUGGAGUCGAAAUCGAAGCUCUACAAGGAUCUGGCCUUGAGCAACAUUUUCUUGAUGAACAACGGGAGGUACAUCGCGAAGAAGGUGAAGGGGUCGCCGGAGAUCCAUCAGCUGCUGGGGGAGACGUGGUACCGGAAGCGGUCGUCGGACCUGAGGCAGUACCACAAGAACUACCAGCGGGAGACGUGGUCGAAGCUGCUGGCCUGCCUGAGGGACGACGGGCUCCAGGUGAGGGGGAGCGUCGCCAAGCCGGUGCUCAAGGAGCGGUUCAAGAGCUUCAACGCCAUGUUCGAUGAGAUCCACAAGGCGCAGAGCUCGUGGGUGGUGAGCGACGAGCAGCUGCAGUCGGAGCUGAGGGUGUCAGUGUCGGCGGUGGUGGUGCCGGCCUACCGGUCCUUCCUGGGGAGGUUCUCGCAGUACCUCGACCCCGGGAGGCAGACGGAGAAGUACAUCAAGUUCGGGCCGGAGGACCUCGAGAAUCUGAUCGAUGAGCUCUUCGAUGGCACUCCUUCGUCGUCCAUCGCGAGCCGGAGGAGGACAUGAACAGUAGGGUAGCGGGAACGGCCGGUGGUGGAGGCGAUCAAAAAGCUGCGCUCACGUCCCAGAAGUUGAGAUCACGCCUCGUUUCGUGUCGUCCUCGACAAAGGCAGCCGGCACACAAGAGUUAACACAGAGGGUGACGACCAUUCCGCCAUUGUUGUUGCUUGUGUGUUUCCUUCCCUCAUUAUGCGUUGUUUGUUGCCAAUGACAACAAGAGCUUCAAGUUAUAAUUGUUAGAUCUUUUGCAAAUCGAAAGUAUAUCUUUGUGUGAA